CAGUCCAAGAUGGCGACGCCCAUGGAGCCGGAGGAAGAGUCCGCUGUCUACCUGGUGGUGAGUGGGAUCCCCGCUGUGUUACGCUCGGCUCAGUUACGGAGCUACUUUAGCCAGUUCCGGGAACAGCGCGGCGGAGGUUUUCUGUGUUUUCACUACCGGCACCGGCCCGAGAGAGGCCCUCCGCAGGCGAGUCCCGACGCGGCCCGAGCUGCCCCCGACCCUGCUGCUGAAGAUCCGGUUCUCGCCCAGGCUACAGCCUCCGAUCCCCGCGCUGUCCCCGCCCGGGACUCUGCUGCGGUCCAGACCCGCACUCGCUGCUGCAUCGUCUCGGUGAGGGGAAUAGCCCAAGCUCAGCGGCUGCUUCGCAUGUACUCGGGUCGCCGGUGGCUGGACUCUCAGGGGACCUGGCUUCCCGGUCGUUGUCUCAUCCGCAGGCUUAGGCUACCCACUGAGGCUUCAGAUCUGGGGUCCUUUCCCUUUAAGACCCGGAAGGAGCUACAGAGUCGAAGGGCAGAGAAUGAAGCUUUUACCCUGGCUGACCUAAAGCAGCUCCCAGAACUGAAUCCACCAGUGCUGAUGCCCAAUGGCAAUGUGGGCACCCCCCUGCGGGUCUUUUUAGAGUUGAUCCGGUCCUGCCGCCUGCCACCUCGAAUCAUUACCCAGCUCCAGCUCCAGUUCCCCAAGACGGGCUCCUCCCGGCGCUAUGGCAAUGUGCCCUUUCUCUAUGAGGACUCAGAGACUGUGGAGCAAGAAGAGCAUGUGUACACAGCAGAAGGGGAGGAGAUCCCCCAGGGAACCUGCUUGGAAGACCCAGCAGCAAGCUCCUUUGAUGAGCCUGAGGAUGAAGGGCAGCAAGAGGAAGAGGAGUCUGGCUCAGAAGAUGACGAUGACCGGGGUGAGGAGUGGGAGCGACACGAAGCUCUGCACGAGGACGUGACCGGGCAGGAGCGGACUGCUGAGCGGCUCUUCGAGGAGGAGAUUGAGCUCAAGUGGGAGAAGGGCGGCUCUGGCCUCGUGUUCUACACCGACGCUCAGUUCUGGCAGGAGGAGGAAGGAGAUUUUGAUGAGCAGACGGCCGAUGACUGGGACGUGGACAUGAGUGUCUACUACGACACAGAUGGUGGAGACAAGGAUGCCCGUGACUCUGUCCAAAUGCGCCUGGAACGGAGACUCCGUGAGGGUCAGGAAGAUGGCUCUGUGAUAGGACGCCAAGUCGGCACCUUUGAGCGCCACACCAAGGGCAUUGGCCGGAAGGUGAUGGAGCGCCAGGGCUGGGCUGAAGGCCAGGGCCUGGGAAGCAGGUGCUCUGGGGUGCCUGAGGCCCUGGGUGGGGAUGGCCAGCACCCUAGAUGCAAGCGUGGAUUGGGAUACCAUGGAGAGAAGCUACAGCCAUUUGGGCAACCGAAGAGGCCCCGUGGAACUGGCUUGGGGCUCAUUUCCACAAUCUAUGAUGAGCCUCUGCCCCAAGACCAGAGGGAGUCCUUGCUCCGGCGCCAGCCACCCACCAGCAUGAAGUUUCGGACAGAUAUGACUUUUGUGAAGAGUUCUAGCUGUGCCUUGGACAGACCUUCAGAGCCUGAGUGAGCCUGAGUCCUUGGUCAGGAUCACUCUGUGGCAAGGACAUAGCCCUCUACCCAGGUCUUGCCAUGUGAACCUCUGAAGCAGCCAACAGCCUGGGAGUAGCAGUCUAGGCAACAGGCGCAAACCUGCGGGUGCCCAUUGUUUCUCUACCUCAAAGAUGGUUUCACAAAAAAGCCCCUCCGUCUUCUGGGGUGUUUGUGCCUAAAGGCCUUUCCUUGGUCUCCGAACCCUAGUGCUUGUGUGGGUUUACCCCAGAACACUGAAGAUCUAGACUGCCUGUGACACAGUCAAGUCUGUUUUGGGGUUGUCUGAAGGAGAGCUCCCUGAAGCAAGGAAAAGGGACCAGAGAAUUGAUCCAGAGAGGGUCGGCAGUCCCUCACCACCUCUACCCUCUGGCUAGGGACGGAUCUGUGAGAGAAUAAAUCAGUUUACCUGGCAUGGAAA